UCACCUUCAUCCACAUUGCAAUCCCUAACUUCGAUUUCAAUCGAGAAGUCCCAAAAGUUCCAAUUUCUAUCGAUCCGAUGGUCUCGCGCUUUUCUUCCUCUUUUUCCUCCCCCGCCGCUGCGGCUGCCACCGCCUCCAACGGCGCCUCCUCUCCCUUUGCCUUCCUCUCCGACGACGUCAUCCUCAACAUCCUCGCCAAACUCGAAUCCGAUCCCCGCGAUUGGGCCCGCUUCGCCUGCGUCUCCUCCCGCCUCUCCUCUCUCGUCCGCACCGUCUGCUGCCGCUCCAGCUGCUGCCGCUCCCUCCCACCGGAUCUCCUUUCCUCCACCACCGACACGGCCGAAGCCUGGUCGUCCCUUCAUAAGCUCUCUGUCUGCUGCCCCGGCCUCCACCACGCUGGCGUCCUCCUAGAGCACUCCGACUUCGGCCUCGAGCGCGACAUCGGCCCCUAUCUAUCUCCUCCCUCUUGCUCCUCCUUUUCUCCGUCCUCGUGUUCGAGCGAUCCGCGAAAUACCCCAUCACAGGACCCCUCCGACGUUUCCGGCUGGUCCGUCUUCGAUGACCUCUACUCUGACACCGUCUACGACAAUUCAGAGGCUCAAGAUGCUGCCUUUAUUCCGAUCGAACCCUCCCCCGGCGAUAACGCCAUCACAGUCGGUUCGAUUGCCCCCAUUAGGAGGAUGAAGCCGUGGGUGGGACCGCUAAACUCCCAUUUGGCUACGGGGCCUUGGACUCUAAGCCGUGAGCAGGGCAACAAGCUGCUCGCCAGCCGCUAUAGGGGCGAUUGCCUGUAUAUAUGCGACUGGCCUGGAUGCAUUCACGCGGAGGAAAAGCGAAAGUACAUGCUGUUUAGGGGGGCCUUCAAAAACUUCAAGCGGUCGAGGGUGUGGAAGACGAUAAGUGACUCGAACAAGGCUAAGAUUGGCUUGGCUUGUGCUUUCUGUGCUUGCAGGGAGACAUGGGAUCUUCACUCUGCAUUUUGCUUGAGGAGGGUCUUUGGGUUUCAUGACGAUGGGGAGCCGGUGGUCAGGGCCUAUGUUUGCGAGAAUGGCCAUGUCUCUGGGGCAUGGACUGAGAGACCGUUGUAUGCUUGAAUAUAUGGAUCUGUCAGGUUAUGGCUUGUUUUUAUCAGUCAAUUUGGUUUUGUUUUGGUUAUAAAUUUCUAGUCUAGCACUGUUAAUCCUGAUGUUGCUGGGAUUUGGAAUUGUUAUUAUCAACUUGGCCCAAGUCGAUAUCCUUUCCCGAGCUAUUGUGUUUGUACUGUUACUAUUCUGCCUAAACAACAUAUUAUUGAUUCUCUCGGUUC